GGAGAAACGACAAGGAAAGAUAAGUUCCGCAAGUAAUUUAUAGUCUACUGAUUUAAGUCUACUGAUGUAUGCUAGCUUUGGCACUGCUGUGCUUUAUAACUACGCGAUCUGAUCCCGUUGUCACGUUGACUCACGGGUCGGUCAAUCUCCAAUGGUCUCCGAAACGACCGAAGCUCGUCCAGCAAGCGGAUUCCUUCCAACAAUUCCAGCAACUUUCAUAUGUGAUGGAUAAGAGCUAUCAUAUGGUCAUCAUCAUUCUUCCUCCUGCAUGCUUAGAGCCCGUCUUGAGGGAUGCCGGCAAACGUGCGAACAGCUUCUCGCUUGGCAUCGGUGUCUCCUUUGAUAGGCAGACCAUAAGCCUUGAGAAUAGCCUCGUAGCGCUCCUCUAAAUGACACCACACAAUCAGUGGACCAUUCCAAACUCAAGAAACAAACUGCACUGACUUGUAAUAUGCUCAAACUCUCCCCUAGUAGCAGGGAAGCCCGGUGGCGGCUUGCCAUCGUUUGCAACGGGCCCCUUAAGUCCCAUUUUCAAAACUGUACACCGAGAGUUAUUCAGUCGAGCAGGAAGUCGUUGUUGACUGUGAUAGAAAGAAAGGUAUGUCAGCCUCCAUAUUGUUCAUCUAGAGCUCUAACGUACUCAAGCUCCACGACCUUCUUGAG